AUGGAAAAAUUGCGUUUGAUCAUAUUACUUGCUGAACUCGUAAUAGGUUCAUGGUGUAAUACAUUGACGACGGAACCGGCUACUGUCACCAAGACAUUUGUACCGAGUCAAAUGUUGUUCGCUAAUCCGGAACGAGGAUGGAGUGUACAACGAUAUUCUCAUGAUAUGUGGGGAUUGGACAUUCUUCGGAACAGUACAGAAAAAGUGUCACUAGUUCAUAUCAAUAUAGACUUGUCAGGCUACGUCAACAGUGCACAUAUUGGUCAAGCGAAAUUGAAUGAAGUUCGCACAGCGCUCAAUAGCUGUCGUACACGAGGAUUGAAAGUUAUUUUGCGUUCGGCUUAUGCAUGGACUGAAACAUUGGCUCCAGAUCCAAAGGAUAUUCAAAUCAUUAGAACACAUGUCAUGGAUAUGCAACCAAUUUAUAACGAUUAUGAAGAUGUGAUCAUUGCGGUCGAAAUGGGUAUGUUUGGGCCAUGGGGUGAAAUGCAUUCCUCACAUUACAGUACUAUAAAUACUCAAAUGUAUUAUCCGAUUGCAAUCAGUGCACUUAAACAGGUUCAUAGCACGUAUAUGUCUGCACUUUCGACUAGACGCUCUGUACUUGUUCGUAGACCCUAUUAUAUUCGUCAAAUUUUUAACGAUAGCAAACCACUUAUGCCUAAUGAGGCUUAUGGCAGUUCAGCGAAAGCACGUACCGGUUAUCACAAUGACGCAUAUCUCAACAGCGAAGAUGAGGGUGGCACAUUCUCGCACGGCUGGUCACGAGAUCAAGAACUUGCUUACAUCCAUAACAUGACUCGUUAUACAUUUUUUGGUGGCGAAGCCUACGGUACGCCAAACGGUGAAUACAACAAUGGUAAUAACGCAAUGUUGGAAUCCAAACAGCAACACAUGACGUAUCUUCAUCGAGAUUACUAUAAACCGAUCUUUGAUGCAUGGAGUAAUUCGAUUAGAGAAGAUUUUACGCGUAAACUUGGCUACCGCUUCGAGUUGAAGAGUCUUUCUUAUUCCAAAGAAGUAGCGCCCGGUGGUAUAUUCAACUUUAUUCUGAAAGUGCAAAAUAUUGGAUUUGCAGCAAUGCAUCUGACACGACCAGUGAAUCUGAUCAUUGACAAUGGCAAGACAGGAAGUCAAAAUAUAAGAUACCAAGCUACUCUCAGCAUAGACGUUCGUACUUGGACACCCGAAGCUGGCGUAGUAACUAUUGACCGCAAGCUACGUAUUCCGGCCACUAUCAAUCAAGGUCUUUGGCAACUAUUGCUAGCUCUGCCUGAUAGCAGUGCACAAUUACAAGAUGAUGAACGUUAUGCAGUUCGAUUCGGCAAUGAUAAUGUCUGGAAUGCUGAUGGUACAAAUCUACUAGUAAAAGAUAUUUCCAUUACAGCUUCUGCUCCUGGGUCACAUACCAAUGAUGAUAUUUUUCAAGAAAUUACUAGUACUAGUACUACUACUCCUACAACAUCCAUUAGUCAAAUUAGUGCUGUGAAAAUACCAAACUCUCUAAUUCUUUCGGCUACCUAUGAUAUAGUUUAUUCUUAUCAUCAAGCUUUUAUUGAUGCCGACAAUAAUCCUGCAACUGGCUAUUUUGUUAAAAGCAUAGGUGCAGACUUUCUCGUAGAAAAUAGUCGCUAUUAUGAUCAUAAAGGAAACACUGGAAGUGAUUGGUUAUGGCAACAGAUCAACGGAACAGUUACAUCUUCAAUCAAUGAUCAUCAGUAUGUCUGGCAAUUGCCAUUAGCUAGUCUGAAAUUAUCGAUUACGGCAGCAAGCAAGAUAGUUUUUGCAGGUUCAAAAGACGACAAAGAAAAUUACUCUGCAGUAAUAUCUGUUAUAAUAAAUAACAGCUAA